AUGGAGGUUUUGGAUCAUAACGACGCAUUUGAAGAACUUAAAGAAUACGAUGUGGUUGUGGGAUAUGAAAGCGAGAGUAACGAGCUGUGCAACAUGUUGCGAAACGCGGGUGUUGAUUAUGUCGAAGUGAAUCUGGGAGAGUCCGAGAGGCUUAAGGCGGAGUUUAUGAAGCACUUUAACGUGUCCAAGCUCCCCGUCCUCAUAAUCAAAGGAUCUCCAGUUUCCGGUGAUCCAAGUGAUAAAAUCAGGGAAUAUGCCGAGGAAAGAGAAGGAGAUAUUCUAAGAAGGAUUCAGAGCACCGUUGAUCCCAAAAGAGUUACUCUCUUCAUCAAAGGGUCCCCAGAAAAUCCAAAAUGUGGAUUUACAAAGACUCUUAUGGACAUCCUGUACAGUGCAGGAGUAACAAAAGACCAAAUAGUGUACUUUGAUAUUCUGUCCGAUGAGGAUGUUAGGAGAAAGCUGAAGGAGAUAAACAGCUGGCCCACAUUCCCGCAGGUAUACAUUGGAGGUCGAUUUAUAGGAGGAUUGGAUGUCGUCCGGAAGAUGUCUGAAAAAGGUGAACUCAGGAGGGAGAUACAGGAAAUAAUCUGA